CUUUUUUUUUUUUUUUUUCGCUCUUCCUCGUCUGUUCUGUUCUGUUCUGUUCUUCCUCAAUGGCGUCCUACCCUACCAACGGUAGCAUCAGAGUCUACAAGCCAGACCUCUCCAAGUUCGAUGUCGUGCCAGUGACCAUCAACACGACCGUCCAGGAAGUGGCCAGCAAGCUCGGCGGACAGCUGUUUGUGCGCACUCCGAAUGGCGUCGAGCGCCGGAUGCGCCAGGACGAGUCGCCGCUGCGCUUGCUCUGCGACAAUCUCUUCCUGCUGGGCUACCAGGCCGCCGAAAUCCCGGAGGAGAGCGCAAAGGACCACUCGUACGUCCUUCGCUUUGUUGCGGGCCUGUCGCGCCUCGCAACGCCCGAGGAGACCAUCUCCAUCAAGGGCUUGCUCAUGGAGGGCAAAAAGUGGGACAACCGCUUCUGCAUCAUCAAGGGCAACAAGCUCAUCGAGUACGAGUCGCCCUCGGCCACCAAGCCCCUCCUGACGCUGUCGCUCACGGGCGCGCUCGUCAGCGAGGUCGAGGAGAAGAAAAAGCCUUUCGUGUUUGGCGUCCGCGAGCUCGGCGCCAAAAACCCAGUCCUCUUUGCCUGCGAAUCCGCCGUCGACCGCAAGAACUGGCUGUCGCGCAUUGCGCCGAUCGCCUCAAAGGACCCCAACGCAGUCAACUUGGCGCAGCGCUCGCUCGAGGCCCUGCCCGCGGACGUUCUGACGAGCAAGGCUGCCACCACGACGGCCCUGGAGCUUGCCAAGAAUUUGAUCAGCCCGCUGCAGGACUACUCGGCCUUCAAGACCAUGACCCGCAUCCAGCUGAUUGACAACAACCUGCAAGAGUUCCCGACCGGCCUGUUUUCCGUGCCCUCGCUCUCUGAAAUUGACCUCUCGCGCAACCAAAUCCGCGCAAUCCCGCCAGGCAUCAGCAAGCUGUCCAACCUGCGCAUUCUCGCCGUGCACAACAACCAGCUUUCAACGCUCCCCAACGAGCUCAGCACGCUCAACAAGCUGACCACGCUUGUGCUCGCCUUCAACGACUUUGCAACGCUGCCCCCUGUCAUUUGCCAACUCGUUGAGCUGCACCAGCUCAUCCUGACGAGCAACGCGCUGGAGGUUCUCCCCGACGGCAUCGGCAACUUGACCAAGCUGACCUUGCUCGACGUGCGCUUCAACAAGCUCUCGAGUCUGCCCGCAAGCAUGUCCCGGCUGGUCAGCCUGACGCGCAUUGACAUUCGUCAAAACCCCCUGCAGCAAUUCCCGCCCGUUCUCGCCAACUUGCCCAAGCUCGAGACGCUCGACAUUGGCCCGAACAACUUUGCGCGCGCGCCCGCGCUGGAUGUUGCGCUGCCGGCCCUCAAGACCAUCCGCGCGCCCGAGGCCUUCCUGGGGUCGCUCAACUUUACCGUGCUUCCCCAGAUGCUCACAAAGAUCAACCUGACCGACAACGGACUGACGUCGUUGCCCGAGGCCAUCGGAGACUUGCCCAACCUCGAGUCCCUCAUUGUCAAGAACAACCAGCUGCGCUCGCUCCCGGCCAAGAUCUUUGCCAUCCCCACGCUCAAGUGGCUGUACGCUGCGUACAACCAGAUCGAGGUGCUCCCGGAAAAGUUUGCCAAGUGCCUCAUCCAGAUCUUUGAGGUCCAGCACAACCGUCUGCAAAAGCUCCCGGACAAGCUGCUCAAGUUCUGCUACAUGACCCGCGUGCUCAACGUCUCGAACAACAUGCUGACGGAAUUGCCCGCGCUGUCCGACACGGACGAGCUCAAUGCCGUCGAAGAGCUGUAUGUCGGCCAAAAUCGCCUCAACGAUGCUCAGGUCGACAAGAUCACGGGCAUGCUCAAGCUUCGCAUUCUCGACGUGAGCUACAACGGCCUGACUGCCGUGUCGGGCAACAUUUCGCGUCUGACCGAGCUGGGCACGCUGAACGUUGCAGGCAACAAGCUCACCGAGCUGCCCCGCAGCAUCAACCGUCUCAAGAAGCUCAAGUACGUGCUCGCCAACUCGAACAAGCUGCGCGACUUGCCCCCGCUCCCCGAAUCGCUCGUUCACCUUGAUCUCGGCUGCAACCGCUUGGCUGCCAUCCCUGCCUCCGUCCGUGCGCUCCCCGUGCUCGAGCUUCUCGAUGUCAGCGGCAACACCAAGCUGGUGGUGGAAGGCCAGUUUGCCACGACCGCGCUCCAGCGCAUCACUGCCGAGGCAGUGGCCAAUGUUCGCGGGCUUUCCGACGCGCACGCCAAGAAGACCGAGGCUGGCGGCUACCUGCUGGGUGACGUCUGGUCGUACGGCUCGGCAGACAUUAUGGGUCGACGCCUGCGCAUGGAAGAUUCCUUGGUCAAGAUGCGCCGUGUCCGCGGCAACGAGUUUGAGGCCAUCUUUGGUGUGUUUGACGGUCACUCUGGGCCCGACGUUGCCGACAUUCUCGCCAAGUCCUUCCCGGUCGCCAUCGAAAACGAACUGGGUCGCCUUGGCAAUGCCGACCCUCUGGCUGCGCUCCGAUCGGCGUUCCUGUGCGCCAACCGCGACAUUGGCGAAGCUGGCUACCGCUGCGGCUCGACGGGUGCUGUGGUGUACCUCCAGCGCCUGGACAGCGGCGUUGUUCGACUCUUUGCUGCCAACAUUGGUGACACGGAGGCGCUCAUCUGCCGUGGUGGCAACACGUACGAGCUGCUGACGACCAAGCACUCGAUCGAAAACCAAGUCGAACGCAACCGCAUUCUCUCGCAGGGCGGCUUCUUCUCGGACGACGACCGUGUCAACGGCAUUCUCGCUGCCACCCGCGCGUUCGGCGACUCGUACCUCAACCCGUACGUUUCGCCCGAGCCCUUCCUGAAGGCCAUCAACAUUCAGCCCGCGGACGAGUUUGUCAUUCUUGCCUGCGAUGGUCUGUGGGACGUUGUCUCGUACGAGCUGGCCGUCGAAAUUGCGCGCUCUGUGCCCGACCCCGUCUCUGCCGCCAAGAAGCUGCGCGACCUGGCCUACCUCUACGGCUCGGAAGACAACAUUUCCGUGGUGGUCAUCAAGUUUGGCAUUCACGUGCACGAGGACUCUGCCGAGGAAGCUGCCGAAGCGGCCGAAAUGCAGCAGCGUGCAGCAAACGACGCCAAGCUUGCUGCCGAGAGCCGCAGUGCUGCCGAUACGUUCUUUGCAGACCUUUCGUUUGUCAAGUGGAUUGGAGAGGGCUCGUUCGGCAAGGUGGCUCUUGCGCAGCGCAAGUCCAACAAGGAGUACGUGGCCGUCAAGACUGUGCCCAAGAACGACACCAACGCGCCCGAGAUUGCCAUCGAGCGCAGCUUUGAGCGGCUGCGCCAUCCCAACAUUUGCCGCAUUGUUGCGUCAACCGAAACGACCUCGCAUGCCUUCUUUAUUCUCGAGUACCUCGGCGGUGGCUCUUUCAAGGUCCCCACCCGUCCCGAGGACAAGUUCCCCGAGAAGCUCGGUCGCUUCUACGCCUGCCAGAUUGCUGCCGCCCUUCGCUACCUGCACAAGCAAGGCAUCAUUUACCGCGAUCUUGCCCUCCACAACCUGAUGUUUGACACUGCUGGCAAUGUCAAGGUCAUUGACUUUGGUCUUUGUGUUCCGGCGGGCGGUCGCGGCGCUGCGUUUGCUGGUACGCCCGGCUUCAUGGCUCCUGAAAUGGUCGCAAACAGGCCAUUCGACAAGACUGUGGACUGGUGGGGCUUGGGUGUUGUCAUGUACAUGAUGCUUGUCGGUCGUCCUCCGUUCUUUGCUGACGAUAUUGGUGUCCUCCGCAAUCAGAUUGUCAACGAGGAGCCGUACCUGCCCCACUCGCUGGGCAAGACCGCAAAGGCCGCAAUCAAGGCGUUGCUGGAGAAGGACGCCACCAAACGCCUCGGUGCCUCGGUGGAUGAGGCCGAUAUCAUCAAGCACCCCUUCUUCAAGGAGAUUGACUUUGCCAAACUCGAGGCCGGUCAAAUCAAGCCGCCAGUCGCCCCGACUCCGAUCUCGGUUCAACCUGCCCCGGCUGGCACGUUCACCGGUUGGGCCUAAAUGAUGACAGGCGCACGUUUUUGCCUUGCUUGUUGUUGGUGUGGUAGCCGUGUGCUACAGUAUUCUGUGGAUGUGUGAAGGGGCCAAUGUGGCAUUUUUGUGGUCAGCUUUUGUGUGUGUUUUUGAGUGUUGAAUGCAAUUUCAAUGAACGUUCACCAAUGCUCCA